AUGGCGCUCAGCUCCACCUUGCAAGUUGUGACGUGCUUGGCAGUUUUGCUGGUGGGUUCUGGUGCCAGCUAUGCUGACCUGCUCCGUUCCUUCACCUUCCUGCAUGAGGGCAAUCUCAGUGGCUCCACGAGGCAUCUGAACCUCCGGGCGGCUACGGCUUACGUGGAGUGUGAGAACUGCACCCUUGCGAACUACUCCUGGGGCAACAGCCGAGCUCAGGGGAACGCAGCUGGCAAUUGCGAUUGGUUCGAGUUCCUCUUCCAAGAGCAGCCCGAAGCCGCCAAAGCGCCGGUGUCCCUGGACUUCUUGGAAGGCGUGGACUUCCCGGGAGGAGACUACCGGCAAACCCAAGAGGCCUCAGAGGCCGCAAGCGCCCAGGCCUGCGCGGCCUCCUGCGCCUCUGAGCCGAGGUGUGUGGCCUUCACCUGGGCCGAAGCCAUCAAGGCGCCCUGGGGCAACUGCACGACUCGAGGGCCAUGCUGCUUCCUGAAGGAUGUGCUCCCGUUGCCCACCUACACCCCAGGCCUCACGUCAGCACACAGCCCCCGGUACGUUGCGCCCUCCAUGGGGGUGCGCAGCAGCAUUGCGCUUGGGGGCGUCGGCACCGGAUCCUUCGAGUUGAGGGGCGACGGCUCGUUCCGAGAGUGGCUGGUGGACAACCGCUACCCUGCUGGAGCUCCAAAAGUGUCCCUGUUGGAGGGCGCGGCCUUGGUGCUGAAGGUGACGAGCGCUGCCCGGCAUCGAACCGCCCUCCUGAGGCUGGGCAACGCAGGGGCCGCGCUCCCGGAGGGCGUCGGCGCCGAUUUCGAGGUGAAGCAGCUCCGGUACAGCGGCCUCUACCCCUUGGCCCGGCUGGCGGUGGAGGACACCAACUUGGCGGUCUUCGCCUUCAGCAAGGUGGUCUAUGGCGACCUGGACGCCAGCCAAGCACCCGUGGUGGUCCUCAGCUUGUCGGGCUCAGUUGAGGAUCUGGCCCGGUUCCUGGGCACGCCGGUCGGGCUCGACCAGUUCCACGUUGAGUUUGGGAUCAUCAUGCCGGCAGGCGUCACGGGAAGCUAUCAGCGAAGCACAGGCAACGUGAGUCACGCCGGCACAGCCGCGGAGUGCGCCGCUUUGUGCAGCCAAGCCUCUUGCAGCUGGUCCUUCAACCGCUCAUCCCAGCAGUGUGCGGUGGAUGUGUCUCAGGAACCCCCUCUUGGAGGCUAUUCGGCAGACAGCGUCUCAGGUCUCAUGGGCCAGCUCGGGAAGAAGUCGGGGGAGAGGUGCAUCAGCUUCGAGGUCGCAGGCUCACACCCUUCUGCCGGCACCGUUGCGGCUUGCACCGACUCAGCUCAGCACCGCACUUUCCUGGGCGCCUCCGUCCUCGAGGUCCUGCAAAGGCUAAAUUCCACUGAUUCCACUGAUUCUGGAGCACCUCAGGCCCCGACAAAGCAAAGUCACGUGAGUCACAUGGCAUUGACUGCAUCCGACACACUCGGCCCUCAUGGGGACCUUGCAAUCUCAGUCGCUCUGUCGUGGACCUUUCCGCACCGGUUCUACCUGUCAAACUGGACUGGGAACUAUUACUCAAAGCUUCACCCCAGUAGCCAAGAUGCCGCGGCAGAAGUGCUUUCGCAGAAGCAGGGCCUGCUGGAGAAUUACAAGGCCCUACACGAGUCUUAUCGUGGUGUUCCGGACUUCUUGGCGGACAGCCUGUUGAACAGCUUGACUCACAUGAGGUCGGCGUGGAUCACCGCCGACAAGCGGUUCCGGCAGUGGGAGGCCUUCGAUUGCAUCAACGUUGACAGCGUGCACAACGAUUGCGAGAGGCACCUGGCAUACAGCUUCUACUUUCCGGAGAGCAUUGACUCGAAGAUGUAUGCCUGGGCAAAGACGCAGCUUCCCAACGGAAUGAUCCAGGAGCAGCUUAUGUGUGGCUGCCAGUUCGGCGUUCCAGACAAGCACAUCGAUCAAGGCUGCGGCCGAAUCAUGUCCGACGUAAGCAGCAGCUUCGCGUACUACCUGCUGGAAGCCCUGAUGUGGCGCAACACCACGGAGAUGGUCAGAGACCUGUACCCUGCAGCAAAGAAGGCCGUCCAGUGGCACAUCACGGAAGGUGCCUCCCACGGUGGGCAGCCGACGAGGCUCGUGAACACCUACGACAUCCUUGCUCCAGAGAAGCUUACGUACCAGAGCUACAACUGCGUGAUGCACCUGUUGGCGCUGAAAGUCGGCUCGAAGCUCGCCGAGUUCAUGGGGGACACAGCCUUCCAAGCGGAAUGCGACCGGUGGGUGAAGCCCGCCCAGGAGACGAUGCGGAAGGCGCUGUGGGUGGACCUUCCGGCCAACGAGAGGGGCCUAAGGGGCUACUUCGCCAACGGUGACUCCGAUAGGGACACCAUCAUGGCGGACACCUUCUACGGCCAAGUCCUGGCAGACACGCUCGGAUUGGGAGACUUGGUGGAGCCCUGGCGGCUGUCCGAGCACCUGCGCGUCCAGCUGGCCUGGGCAAGCAACUCCACCAAGCACGGCAUGGCCAUCCUCGCGCACCGCAUUGAGGGCACGGCCUCGGGCUGGCCGGAUGGGAAGUACAACACCUGGCAAAUGGCCCCACCGAACCACGCAUCCUUGUGGAUGCGGCGCGGAGUCCGGGACGAGGCGACGAUGGACCAGCCCAGACGCAGCUUGGGCGUCUGGCGCGAUGUUGAGAGGGAUCUCUGGCGUCCUGCCGGAGUCAGCGCGGCGGAUGGUCGCGGAUACCUUACCAGCCACUAUGGCUAUCACAUGACCAGCUGGCACAUGAUUAAUGCCUACACUGGCGCCCGAGCCGACUUCUCUCGCGGGGCCAACAGCUUCAUUGCCUUCGACGCCGACGUGGACUCUUUUGUGGACAAGGACAAGGGAUGGCCGGUGCUCUUCUCCGGUGUGGUUGCAGUGCUCCGCCCGGGAGAGCUCACGGUGACACUUGGACGGCUGCGUCAGGCCGGGCGACUGCUCAUCAAGGGCCAACCUGCGCCGCUUACAGAGGAGAGCCUCAAGAGAUUGAAUCGUGGCCUGAUUGCUGGUGAGAAAGUUGCCUGGAGCACUGGAACACGUGCGUACCCUGCGGAAAUUGUAGAGAUUGUCUGA